CGGUGGUAGUUCUUACAGCUCUAUCGUGAAGAAAGGCCCAGCUCUUUUACCACUGGCAAUAGAAGAUUCCUUACAGGGUGCGUGUGACUUUACCUGCACAGUAAGAGCUUGAUAACGGAUAUAAACAACAGAACGUCGUGAGAUCACUUUAUCGUCAAUCACUAGCGGAGCUACCUAAAGCCAAACUUGUCAACCUUUCCGCGGCACGCGGCCCAUAAGAUUUACAACUGGAAUUACGCUAGGUACACUAUUACUUGUUUUUAGCGUUUCUCAGCAGCGAUCAUGCGGAUUGAGGAGGUGUCGUCCACAACAAAGACUCAGCGUGUUGCGACGCACACGCACAUUAAGGGUCUUGGACUUCAAGACAAUGGCACCGCACUACCGAUGGCCGCUGGUUUUGUUGGGCAAGAGCAAGCUCGUGAAGCUUGCGGCGUGGUGGUCGACAUGAUCCGCCAGAAGAAAAUGGCGGGUCGUGCUCUGCUGCUGACCGGUGCGCCGGGCACCGGCAAAACGGCGCUUGCUUUGGGCAUCGCACAAGAAUUGGGCACGAAGGUUCCCUUCUGCCCCAUGGUUGGCAGCGAGGUGUACUCCUCCGAGGUGAAGAAGACGGAGGUGCUGAUGGAGAAUUUCCGCCGCGCCAUCGGCCUGCGCAUCAAGGAGAACAAGGAGGUGUACGAGGGCGAGGUGACGGAGCUCUCCCCCGAGUACACGGAGGCAGCGGGCGGCGGGUACGGCAAGGUGGUUAGCCAUGUUGUCAUCGGCCUCAAGACGGCCAAGGGCACCAAGCAGCUCAAGCUGGACCCCACCAUCUACGACGCGCUGCAGAAGGAGAAGGUGCAGGCGGGCGAUGUGAUUUACAUUGAGGCGAACAGCGGAGCCGUGAAGCGCGUGGGCAGGUGCGACGCCUACGCCACUGAGUUUGACCUGGAGGCCGAGGAGUACGUCCCGCUGCCCAAGGGUGACGUGCACAAGCGCAAGGAGAUCGUGCAGGACGUCACCCUGCACGACCUGGACGCAGCGAACGCCCGGCCGCAGGGAGGUGGCGACAUCAUGAGUGUCAUGGGCAGCAUGCUCAAACCCAAGAAGACCGAGAUCACGGAUAAGCUGCGGCAGGAGAUCAACAAGGUUGUUAACCGCUACAUCGACCAGGGUGUUGCUGAGCUGGUUCCGGGCGUGUUGUUCGUGGACGAGGUGCACAUGCUUGACAUCGAGUGCUUCACCUACCUCAACAGGGCCCUGGAGAGCUCGCUGUCGCCCAUCGUCAUCUUCGCAACCAACCGCGGCCUCUGCACCAUCCGCGGCACCGACAUCACCUCCCCGCACGGCGUCCCGGUGGACCUGCUGGACCGGCUGGUCAUCAUCCGCACGCUGCCGUACACGCUGGCGGAGAUGGUGCAGAUCCUGGCCAUCCGCGCGCAGGUGGAGGGCAUUGGCAUCGAUGAGGAGUCCCUCGCGUUCCUCGGGGAGGUGGGCGAGCGUACGUCAUUGCGGCAUGCCGUACAACUGCUGACGCCCGCAUUCAUGCUGGCGCGAACCAACGGGCGGGAGGCCAUCUCACAAGGAGACCUGGAGGAGAUCGACUCGCUGUUCCACGACGCCAAGUACUCGGCACGGUUGCUAGCGGAGCAGGCGGACAAGUACAUCAGCUAACGAGGAUUGCGGCGUAUUGAGGGAGCCCCAUGGGUCAGCGGGGCAGAAGCGAGUACACCAGCUGAGCAGAGAUGAGGGCGGUAAAGGACCCAUGGGUCAGCUGAGUGUGGGCAGUCAUAGGUUAGGAUUAGGAUAUGGUGUCUAGUACCUGGAAUGUUUGUCCGUGGGGCGGUACUGCUGCAAUGGAGGGUGUUGGCAUGCACGCGUGUGUGUGCAUGCAAACGCCGCGGUACGGCACCGGCCUACGCUUGGCUUUCCAGGAAGGGAAGGAGGAGCUAGAGGUGCGUGGGGUAGGAGGAGUGCAAUGAGAUACAACGAUGGAGAUGGUGUGGAGGUUGCAGCAGCUGAAGCGCGCUUUUGAGGUGGUGUGGAGAGAACUGCUUUCUCCUGUCGCUUGCGGCCCCAGUAACCGUUGACUUCUUGCCUUCUUCUUUUCGAGGCUUAAGCCCCAUCCACUUAACUUGCUUUACUUGAACCUAUGCGGGGCUUGUCAAGCGUGGGACAGGACGAGGCUUAAGCCCCAUCCACUUAACUUGCUUUACUUGAACCUAUGCGGGGCUGUCAAGCGUAGGACAGGACUUGUUAACGGCCAUUGCCGUGUUUGGGAGUGGUUAGGUACAGGAGAUGCCUGCGUAGUCUCCAAGAAAUGGAGCCCUCUUCUGCGAGCGAUGACGACUGUCGUAUAUGUGUGCGUAUGUCGUACACGCACACGCAGUGUGCUCUGGAUGGGUACGUCGUACACCCCUACCUGCCGCGUGCUUUUGACGCAUACUACACACGUAGGCUGUUGGGCUGGAUACGCCGCACAUAUCGGUAGCUUUAACACGACGCAGUGGUCAGUCAUCGUGUCCCAAGCGGUCAGUCAUCGAGCCGGGUGCGUGCGUGAUGCACAACGCGGACAUUGGCAGCGGUGUAGGCGGUUGAUGGCAGUCCGACGGUCUGUUGGUCUGAUUGGAAAAAAGGCGGGGACGAGGGCGUGGUGCUGAUGAUUGAGAAGAAGAAGAGGGACAAGGGUUUCCGAGGAGGUUUGGCGAAGAGGAUCAUCUCCUCCCGCUGUGUGUGGCUU